GACCUUUAGCAGGCACUGACUCCUGUCCCUAGCUCAGAUAUGGGGGCCCCCAAGGUGGCCUGGGUUAAACCUGGGUACUGCAGGGCCAGAGAGACCUCACCGGAGCCUGAUAGAAGGCUGUGGCAGACGGAGCCCCGUUCUGGAAGCUGCCAGUCCCAGGGCACUGGGGAGGGCUGAGGCCAACCAUGCCCAGCCUGCUGCUGCUGUUCACUGCUGCUCUGCUCUCCAGCUGGGCUCAGCUUCUGACAGAUGCCAACUCCUGGUGGUCACUAGCUAUGAACCCGGUGCAGAGACCCGAGAUGUUUAUCAUCGGUGCCCAGCCUGUGUGCAGUCAGCUUCCUGGGCUCUCCCCUGGCCAGAGAAAGCUAUGCCAGUUGUACCAGGAACACAUGGCCUACAUAGGGGAGGGGGCCAAGACGGGCAUCAAGGAGUGCCAGUACCAGUUCCGGCAGCGACGGUGGAACUGCAGCACCGUGGACAACACAUCUGUCUUUGGCAGAGUCAUGCAGAUAGGCAGCCGGGAGACGGCCUUCACCUAUGCCGUGAGUGCUGCGGGUGUGGUCAACGCCAUCAGCCGGGCCUGUCGCGAGGGCGAGCUGUCCACCUGCGGCUGCAGCCGCACCGCCCGGCCCAAGGACCUGCCCCGGGACUGGCUGUGGGGUGGCUGUGGGGACAAUGUGGAGUACGGCUACCGCUUUGCUAAGGAGUUUGUGGAUGCCCGCGAACGGGAGAAGAACUUUGCCAAGGGAUCGGAGGAGCAGGGCCGAGUGCUCAUGAACCUGCAGAACAAUGAGGCCGGUCGCAGGGCUGUGUAUAAGAUGGCAGAUGUGGCCUGCAAAUGCCAUGGUGUCUCAGGGUCCUGCAGCCUCAAGACCUGCUGGCUCCAGCUGGCCGAAUUCCGCAAGGUGGGGGACCAGCUAAAGGAGAAGUAUGACAGCGCGGCUGCCAUGCGCAUCACCCGCAAGGGCAAGCUGGAGCUGGUCAACAGCCGCUUCAACCAGCCCACACCAGAGGACCUGGUCUAUGUGGACCCCAGCCCUGACUACUGCCUGCGCAAUGAGACCACAGGCUCUCUGGGCACCCAGGGCCGCCUCUGCAACAAGACAUCGGAGGGCAUGGACGGCUGCGAGCUCAUGUGCUGCGGCCGCGGCUACGACCAGUUCAAGAGUGUCCAGGUGGAGCGCUGCCACUGCAAGUUCCACUGGUGCUGCUUUGUCAAGUGCAAAAAGUGCACUGAGGUCGUUGACCAGUAUGUCUGUAAAUAGCCAGGGUGGGGGGCCCACUCCCCUGGCCCUGUCCUCCACUCUGCCUCACAAGAGUCUAUAUUAUAUAAAUCUAUAUAAAUCUAUUAUAUAUUUGUAUAAAUAAAUGGAUGGAUGCUAAAUAAUUAAAAGGUGAAAAUGGAAAGGCAAAGCUUAUUUAAGAGACGCUGGAGAUCUCUGAGGAUUGGACUUUGCUGGUUCUCUACUACCAGUGAGUAAGAGACAGGCCCUUUUUCCCUCCCUCUGGUGAGGACUCUCAGGAUAUAGGGAAUUGGAAAUAUUUACUGUCUGUCAGCACAGCCUCCAGGACAGAGGCUGCUGUUAGAAGGAGGAGAUGAUUUGUCUGGAAGUCUGGAGUCUCUGUUGGUCAGAUGAUUACCUGUGACCCCAGCCACUAGGCUAAGAGGAUCCGAACUCAGAUCCAACCUUGACGUCUUCAAGGUCUUGCCCAGAAUCUAGAGUGGUGCACUAAGAGGCCCAGUACUUUCCUACUCUUUAAUGUGUGUGCAGAGCCCACAGUUAGGAGGAUGGCUCCUUCCCUCAAAAGAGGGGAGGUCUGACAUCUCUGACCCGCUGACCACAAAGGGAUCUGCACCUCCCCAGACUCCCGGGCCUGUCUUUCCAGCAAGAAUUCUUCGUCCUUCACAGUUCACUA